AUGGGCCUGUUUAUGGCCCAUGUUAACGCGAAAUUCACUCUCGACGAUCUCCGGCGAAGGAUCAAUCCAUCGUCUCCUUCCUCCGUUCGCAUAUCGCUCAAUCGUAAGGACGAGUUUGUCGCGCCUUCAGAGGAUACGAUCCGAUCCCUUGGCUUGACAUCCAGUGACCUCAUAUACUACUUUCUCGAACCAUCUGCUUUUAAUGCAUCGUCUCUGGGCAUAACUUCAUCGUCGGAGGCGCAGCAGAACCCAGUUUGUGAUCUUGAAGAUUCGUCAGAAAAUUUGGGAGAUCAGAAAACCCUAGUUCAAGAGUUUGAAACGGUCCGGGAGAUUGAAAGCAAUUCGACGGGCAACGGAUCUGUAGAGCUCGGUGGCGUUCCAGAAAACCAUCAUCUGAAUAUGGAUGUUCAAAAGCAAACGAAAAGCGAUCUGAAUUUCGGCGGAGAAGAGCCGAUCGCGGUUUCGGGUAUGGAAGGGCCAGAGCCUAUGGAUGUUGAGUUUUACCGCGUGGGUUAUGCUGAUGCGAAAAGGUUAAGCGAGCCGUUUUUCUUGAAAAAGGUAGUGUUGGAGGAAUGUACGGAUACGAGUGAAUCGAUGAUCAUGGUUAUGGCUGUUCAUGCGGUGAUGUUAGAAUCUGGAUUCUUGCUUUUGGAUCCUGAAUCAGGUGUUCGUGCUGAAAAGUUUAGUUUUUCGAAGGAGACUGCGAAUUCGAUAUCACUCAUUUAUACUCUACCCGAGCUUAUUACCCGUAGCGAUCCUAAUAAGAAUGAAACCGUAAGCUUGAAGUUUCAGAGCAUAGGUCCCAUGCUUGUAGUUUAUGGUUCCCUAGGGGGGACAAGUUCGCAUAGGGUGUAUCUCGAUCGCCGUAGGCUUGUCCCGACGAUAGAUUUGGUCAUGGAAACUUUGAAAUCUAACAAAGAAGGCUCUUCGAGAAUUUACAGUGAGGUUUUUGAGUUUUGGAGGAUGGUAAAGGAUGGUGUUGCUAUGCCAUUGUUGAUCGGUCUUUGCGAUAUGGCUGGCUUGGAGCUUCCUCCUUGCUUGAUGCGCCUCCCUACUGAGCUAAAGUUCAAGAUACUUGAGUCACUUCAUGGGGCUGAUAUCGCCAGAGUGGCCUGUGUGUGUUCGGAAAUGCGGUUUGUGGCUAAGGACAAUAAUCUGUGGAAGCAGAAAUGUUUAGAAGAGUGUGGAGAUCUUGUAAACAGAGAAGAGUAUGCGGUUAGCUGGAAGGCAAAGUUUGCUGCUUUUUGGGAAAAACGCUGGAGGGGUUACAAUAGAGUGCCUGGGAGAAUCAGGCCGCCUUUUGGUAGGGUUCCUCCGAUCUGGAGAGACCCUUUUCCGAUGGGGUUUCCUCCAGUCGCAUGGCAUGAUGGAGAUCGAUAUGGCGUUCCUGCAGAUCACCUUCCCUUUCGGCUUGGGCAUCUAGGAACGGGGAUUGGUCAGCUCAGGGGACGGGAUUCGUGGCCAAGAUGCUAUCUCGGAGGACUCAACUAGCCAAGACUUUGUAAUUGGAACCGGUAAACCCGACCGUAGGACUCAUCAUGUCUGGCUCGUAGCUAGCUAUGUCUCUUUUUUUUAUAUUUCAUCAGUAUAUCAGGAUUUUCAUUUGCCAUCUAUCAUCAGAGGAAUUUGCUAACCGCAAUCACACCAUCGACAUAGUAUCCGAGUUGCUGAUCAUCAUCGAGAUAACUCGUAAAAAUUCAGACAGUGUGUUGGUCGAAGAAGAAACUCAUGGUUAAUAAUGGCUUAGAUCA